AUGAUUUCUGCAUUUAUUAAAUAUAUAAAGAAGCAUAAGCAAAGUCUCAUUGUCACAGCGGGCGUCACUGGAGGAAUAUAUUUUCUGGGAAAAUAUGCAAAAUGGAAAAUCAAUGAAUUACAAGAAAAAGUGCAACAAGAAAAACUUGCUCGUGAAAAUAUGCGACGUCGAUUUCAGCAACGUCAAUUAGAUUGCUCGUUUGCC